AUGCUUCGUUGCACUGGGUUUGCCAAGGAGUGCCCGAUGCCCCUGAUCCUUGCCAACUGCGGCGCGAUUUUCGUUCAAGGCUUGCCAGGUCUCCUGGCAGCUGGGGGCUUCCGCGCCGACAAGAUUCCGCUCAGGGAGGAGGUGCUGCAGGCAGGUGCCAACAUCUUCGAUGCCACCUCCUCCGUGGAAUACGUGGAUGUUUUCGUGAGUCACCGCUGUGACGCAGCGAGGUGGCCAAAAUACAUGGCAUUGUGUCUCUACCUGAAUCUGCCACUGGCCGUAACGUGCUCGGUGGCAGUUUGGCUGCUAACAGCGGUGGCGCUGGCCGCGCGCGCGGGGUCUGUCUCCGGUCUUGCAGCUUUGGCCCACCCCCUGUUACUGCCCGUUUUGGUGCUGUUCCCCAUGGUCGUGUUUCUUCUCAUCUUCUUCUUCGGCCACCAUGCCUCAAAUCUAUGCCGGCCUUUGUGCUUCUGGUUGGACCGUGCCUGCAUCCACCAAACCGACUUCGAGCUACAGCAUCGACAGAUCCAGGCGCUGCCGGUAUUUGUGGCUCGGUCCUCCUCCAUGCUGGUGCUAUGGGACGAUGAGUACUUUCAGCGACUCUGGUGCCAGCUCGAGCUGGCGACCUUUGCCAAGCAUGGCGACAUCAAGAAGGUGAGUUUUCUACCUCUUUGGCUUGCGCCGUGGCUGCUGUCGGCCUUUGCAAUCGACCUUUUUCUGGUCGCCGUCUGGUUCCUCUUCGAGCUGAUCCCACCAAGUAUGUUGUCUUGGUUGAUGGAUGCUGUGACGCCGGACAUUGUGCGGGGCACGCGCUUUGCUUUCGACGUGGGCUUUGCAAUACUCUUUGUAGUAGCAGGAAUGUCGGUGGGGCUUUUGGUUGCCUUGACCUGGUCGUCCUACUGCAGAACCAAGCUGAGCAGUCAUGCCUUGAUGCUGGAGCAGAUGUCGAACUUCGACUGGAGGGCUGCGAAGUGCACGAAGGCGGAAGACCGCCGCAUAGUGCAGCAUCAGAUGUGCGAGCUCUUUCGUGAAGGCAGAGAGAUGAAGGAGGUGGAUCAGCAGGCAGACCAUCAACAGACUUCAUCCACUGCCAUGGGCGAGCCUGAUGCGGAUGCACUGCCCCACGUCUCUGACGAGCCGUGUGGGAUGUUGCUCGACGAAGGGCCCCUGGAUGCGUUCAAUGCUUUCAUUCGAGGCUCCGUGCGAACGUUUGUCUUGGACCGCGUCGGUGGCGAGAUGCACGUUCCGUACAGCCUGUGCCUUGUUGCUGCUCUGCCCACGAGCUUUUAUUCAUUGGUGGAUAUUUCGUACACCCUUGCCAACGAAGAGCUCGUCCGUGCAAGUGGACUUUCAUCCGUUGAGGCUUUCGCUUGUGCAAACUGCUUAAGUUGGCCUGCCUUUGUACUACUGAUUCUCCCCAUCUACUACCCCAUCUAUCUUCGCAUGCUCAAGCAUGCUUUGUACAUCCAAUCCAGACCGCUGCGGCUUGUUCUGACAAUCGUCAGCGGUACAGCGACCCACGCCUAUGGCGCCGCCUGCAUGGCCAUCGUCGAGAGUUCUGCGACGCUUUGCGUGCAGCAAGCUGCGUUUAGCUGGGUCCUGCCGCUCGUCCUGCUGCUUCUCCUCCUUCAGCUGCGAUGCCUUUUUCACGGCGGCGGUCCUCAACUUUGCUGCCAGUCGCAGUUGGAUUCAAGGCAUUCGGGGGAUCCCAGCUACCGACCCUUGUAUGCAGAAGAUGCCUGA